AAGGGAAUUACGAAGAGAUAAAAAAAAAAAAAAGUUACUUUGCUUUUGAAACAGCCGCCGUUGAGGCUGUUUUAUAGUGACUCUUUGCCACGUUCUAUACCAUUUUCACAAAAUUUUCUACCCAUCAGUCGCUUGCAAGUCCCUUUGAUUUUCCUUUAAAUUGCUCAAAAAUCUUGGCCAUUGAUAGCAAAGAUCACUAUGGUUCUUCCCAAGGAGAUUCCCAGCUCUGCAGAGAAUGACAUGGAUUCUCAGACUCUCAGCAAGCUCCCAAUUUCAUCUAUUCUCAUCAUAAUCGCUAUGCAGACUGAAGCGCUUCCUUUAGUGGAGAAGUUUCAACUUUCUGAAGAUCAAAAAUCUGUGUUUCCAAAGGAAGUUCCAUGGGUUCGUUAUCAUGGGACUUACAGAAAUCUUCAAAUCAAUUUAAUUUGGCCUGGAAAGGAUUCAGCCUUGGGAGUUGAUAGUGUGGGCACGAUUUCCGCAUCCCUUGUAACCUAUGCUUCUAUCCAAGCACUGCAUCCAGACCUGAUCAUAAAUGCAGGUACUGCUGGUGGUUUUAAGGCGAAAGGAGCUAGCAUUGGCGACGUGUUUCUAGUAUCUGAGUGUGCCUUCCAUGACAGACGUAUACCUAUUCCAGUUUUUGAUUUAUAUGGAGUCGGAUUGAAGCAAGCAUGGAAAACGCCCAAUCUCCAUAAGGAACUCGAUCUAAAGGUUGGCAAAUUAUCAACGGGUGACUCGCUAGAUAUGUCUGCACAAGAUGAAGCAUCGAUUGUAGCUAAUGAUGCCACAGUUAAAGAUAUGGAGGGAGCAGCAGUAGCCUAUGUGGCUGAUAUAUUCAAAGUUCCUGCCAUAUUUCUAAAAGCUGUAACCGAUAUCGUCGAUGGUGAAAAACCAACUGCCGAAGAAUUCUUGCAGAAUCUAGCUACAGUAUCUGCUGCACUGGAUCAAGCAGUUACAAGAGUUGUAGAUUUCAUCAGUGGAAAGUGCAUUCAUGAACUUUGAUAUUGAUUGGACGUGCCAGAGUCGAAUAACAUCUAAGUUAGCAUAUAUACUUUUGGAAAUCAUACUGUGUACUCUUUGUUUUAUUGUAUGCUAAACAUGUUUCGGCUAGCCCGAGCAAACAAGUUGAUGUCGCAGGUAAGGUUUACCUCUCUUUUUUA